GUUAUAUGAUAUGUUUUGUCCAAAAAAAAAAGUUGGGUUGGGUUGGGUACUUGAAAAUACAAAUAAGCUUUCUGCAAAAAAAAAUAAAAUAAAUAAAUAUACAAAGAAACUAGUCCAUAAAUAAAUACAUUUCCCCUAAUAUUUAUAUUUUAUAAAAAUACAUAUAUAGAAGUAGUUUUAGAUAGAAAAAUAAAAGACCAAUAUUAAUUGGACUUCUUCUUCUUCUUCGUUUCUUUGUAGAAUAACAACGAAUCAAUCAGUGUAGCCCUCAGACUCGGAGACAAGAAGAGAUGGUGGGUACGCCCAGACCACAGUUCGUUCUAUUUGGAUCCUCCAUUGUCCAGUUGAGCUACAGUAAUGGCGGUUGGGGAGCCAUUCUCUCUGAUAUAUAUGCUCGCAAAGCAGACAUCUUGUUAAGAGGGUAUUAUGGUUGGAACUCACGUCGUGCUGUACAGGUUCUGGAUCAAGUUUUUCCGAAGGAUGCUUCUGUACAGCCAUCUUUGGUGGUAGUUUAUUUUGGUGGUAAUGAUUCAAUGGGGCCUCACUCGUCCGGUCUAGGACCUCAUGUACCACUUCCUGAAUACAAGGAGAAUAUGAGAAAGAUUGCAAAACAUCUCCAGAGCCUUUCAGAUUCAAUACGCAUUAUUUUUCUUAGUUCUCCUCCUGUGAAUGAGGAGAAAAUUCGUGGAAAUGCAAGUGGGUUCUUCAGUGAGCUAGUAAGAACUAAUGAGUUGUGCCGACAAUAUUCAGAAGGUUGCAUUGAGGUGGGCAAGGAAACAGGUGUAAAGGUUAUUGAUCUCUUUACCGCGUUUCAGAACAGAGAUGAUUGGAUGAAUGCUUGUUUUACGGACGGGGUUCAUUUAUCUGAAGAAGGAAGCAAGGUAGUGGUGGAGGAGAUAUUGAAGGUACUCAAGAAUGCUGAGUGGAAGCCAUGUCUACACUGGAAAUCCAUGCCAACAGAAUUUUCAGAGGACUCACCAUAUGAUCUUGUUGCAGCCGACGGGAAAACGACAUUAAACCCAUCCGAGUGGACUUUUCACAGGGAAAUUCAGUGGGACUAGUUGGCUGUAUUCUUUCUGCCUGCUUUUGUAAUUCAGAGGCAUUGCACUUAGUAAGUUGUAAUUGAAUAAUGAAGAUUCUUAUUGCAUAUCACAACCCUCAAAAUUUGGAAAAAGAAGGGUAAGAGUGUGAAACAAGAUUAAGGAGUUUGUAUACUCUUGCUGAAAAUUCUAGUUGUAUAGUGCAAAAGACUAUUAUUUAUAUGCGCACUCGGCUCUAAUAAACAACAAAGUCUAGAGACCGAGUCUUACGUGAGCCAUUUUAAAAA